UCCACUUUUGCGCUGGGUAUCACCUGUGGGCUUUUUAUUUUCUAUACAUACUUGCCAACUUUUAAUACGGACUACCUCCAACCAGACAGGAUUUCGUGACUCGCUUCAAAGCACCUAUCUAUCCUAGCGACCGCCUAGGGAUCAUUCUGGCCUAUCCUCUCCGGGAUCACGGACCUUAUUGAAGCAACGCGCAUGGUGUGGGCGCAUCUUGUCUGGAUGAUCGCCGUGCCUUCAUUUCUUCUUCUUCUAAAACAUCUUCAUCGCUUGUUUCAGUCUUUCGGUUUAACGGAUCAGCGCCAUCAUCACGCCUAGUCAUCAUGCCAACCGUCUUGCUGCCAUCAUCGGCUGCCGCGUUUGCGCCGCGGUCCUCCCCCAACGUGGUGUUGAAUACCAGGGUUGAACCCUGGCUCACGGCAACCUUGAAGCGAGUCAACCGAGUGAAGCGACCUCUGAACAAUGUGACGCAGCACACCCGAUGCCUGACGGAGACUCUUUCCUCGCCGAACGCCAUCUGGACGUUGUGUUCCAUGAUGUUUCCCAAAGCCCCCGAUUCAGAACUCAAGAAGGACGAAAACCCUCUGGUGGAGGCGCUCUUUAACUAUGAGAUGGUCCACAUGGAAGCAUACGUGGUGCAUGUCGACAUGGUGUCGCAAAACGAAGUGGCCUUCAAGCUGACGCCGGAGACAAUCGAAGCGUUGGUCGAUUUUCACAAGGACAUUUACUCCGUCGACAUGGCGGCCAGCACCUGGGAUUGGUCCGAGAAGGAUAGUCAGCUGAAGAAGCUCCAAGAGGAAUUCGUCCAGGCCGCGAACAAGUUUGUCUACCGGACCAGCGCCCAGGCGCUGGAGGGGCUCGAGGAGGACGGUGCUGGAGAACUGCUCGGCGGUCGAAGCGACGAAGCCAAGGCGGCCAUCACUAACCUUUUCGUUUCGUUGCUUCCGCCACCGCCUCGCGUGGUCGACGUUGUUCGUCCGGCGCCCCUUCUCCCCAGCUCGACUACACCGGAAACGUGGUGGCAAGACCCCAUGCAACAACCCGUGUCGGUGGACUCGUGGAAAGUACUUCCAUCCAGCCCAGCAACCGCCAGCACCGAUGAUUCUAAUCCGAAUGUGUGGGCCAGCCUGAACAGCAUCAAUGAUACUCAAUAUGCAUCCCCAACCCCGUCCUACAGCCAACCCUACGACACGUCACCGUACAACACGACGCAGUACUACAGUGCGGCCGCCACGUCGGCCGCCAUCGCCUCCCUGCCACUUCCUAGCAUGCUAAUUCUGCCCUGCAGCACGGCAGCGAACAUGGUAGGGUUUGGCUGGGGAGAUCGAUACGAUUUCGCGCUGCCCUACGGAACCACGAUGUAAUGCGUCCUUGGAACCAGGCACUUGAUGUUAACGGUCUCCCUGACUUCGCAUGUCUUUGGAUUAGAUCCCAGGGCUUAUAUCGGCAAACAUCGGCGACUACAUGCCCCUCGGGCCCACCCACACAAGAAUCACCACGAGAACGACGGGGGGCGCUUCGCCUCGGAUACAGACAUCAGACUAAUUGGCAUCAGUGAUAGCGUUUUUCCAUGCUCGGU